UCCCCCUUUCCUCUCGCCUCCUCGCCCACCGGAAUAGGAAGGGAAAGCCGCAGGAGCCGACCCACAGGAAGGCGGACGCCGCCGCCGCCCCCCGUCGCGUGCGGCAGCUUAGAAAAGGCGGCCUUGCCUCAACUAUCCAUCCAUCUACUCGCAGUCUGCCUCAUCUACUCUGCUCGGAGUGAAUCGUAUAAUAAGUAAUAACCGCUGCUGCUUGCCUAUCUGCCUACAUCUAUCCAGUCUUCCGCGGCGGCGGCGAUGAACUAUGGCUGGUCCAUUACAUGUGCGCUUUUGGAUAAUAUGGCUCAUUUUGGAAUUAACUUUAUGCUAACAUAAUCUAGGUGUCAUUAGCUAGAUUAAGUUAACUUUUUUGACUUAGUAGUGUAAAUCUGUAAAGAAAAUUACCUGGUUUGGAUUGAGUCUUUGUAAAAGAAAUGGAGCAGAGGAACGUAAUGGCAUUGGAUGAACAUGUGCUGAAACCUACUGUUCGCAAGCGAAAGCUUGAGACUGCUAUGGGGUGCUCUGAGGCCAAUGAUGCAAUAGUGUUCUCUCAGCAUGAUCCAAGGAAACACCUUGUGACAUUUGCUGAUGAAGCUGAACGUAAUAAGUCUAAAAUUACUUCCUGUGGGAAUGGUAGUAUACUAGAGUCCUAUCGAAACUUUAAGACAAGUGGGUUGCCUAUGCGUGUGCUUUUCUACCAGCAUGGUGACUGGAGUGAUUUUCCAGAGGAUGUUAUCAAUCUGGCACAACGGGACUUCCAAUUGAAGAGGCCGAUUACUACCGUGGUGUUCCAGAACAAGCACAUCCUGUUGGACUUCAUUCACAUGAUUUGCCUAGAUUAUGCAACGACCAUAAAUAACCCAAUAGCAUGGGUUGAUGAUCAUGGCAAAUCCUUCUUUCCAGAUUUAUCUGCCGGAUUGUAUACAUCUAAAUCAUCUCAGCAUGAAAAAGGUGAAGCUGAUGAGCGUGCUGGGAUGUCUACAAGUGUAGCUGAAAGCUCAAGUUCAGUGUCUGUUGGGGAAGCAGUUUCUCAUGAUAAGAGAAUCAAUAAUAUAGUGGAGGACAAACCGAAAGCGCAUAACAAUGAUGAAGCUAUUGGUGAAAAUAAAUCAAGUCCUUCAGCCCAUUUGAAUGAGUACUCUAGAGGAAUCAUACAGGCUACUGCCAGCAAGAAAAACAGUGGUCAACGUGUUGAUUCAGCUGUGCAGAAUUUGUUACUUAAAGGAUUAGGCCAGCCUUUUAAUGAAAAAGAUAUUAUCGGUAUCUAUAGAACACCGCUGCUAGAUCAGCAAGGGCAAGUUCGUUCUAGUCUUUUCCAGAAGGAGGUAGAAGCGACCAAAAGUCGUCGUGGGAACGCAAAUGUGCGUUAUGCAUGGCUUCCUUGCUCAAGAGAUACUAUGGAGGAGAUGAUGAUGCAAGGUUCUCUGGAAAUUGCAAAACCUCAGCAGGGGACCAUGUAUGGUGUUGGGACUCAUCUUGCUCCAGCAAAUUGCUCAAAUUCAUGUGCCAGAUAUUUAGAUAUUCAUGAAGAUGGCAUCAUCAGAAUGAUGUUGUGCCGUGUGAUAAUGGGUAAUGUUGAGCUUGUUUUUCCUGGAUCAAAGCAAUUCCAGCCAACCAAUGAAAGUUUUGAUAGUGGUGUGGAUGAUCUCCAAAAACCAAAGCAUUACAUCAUAUGGGAUACUAAUGUGCAUAAUCACAUCUAUGCUGAAUAUGCUGUUAUUAUCAAAGUACCUCCCAUGACCAAUGAAUAUUUGGUUUCGAAAAAUAGCGCGUCCAACAUAUCUGAGAUCAUAAAUUCUGGUUCGCCAGACAGUCUAGCCAAGGGCGAUAGCUUCCAAACCUUGGCAUCUUCAGCUGUUCAACAACAAGCACCUAUGUUCGGGCGUGCUCCAAGGGCUCCCUCCUCACCUUGGAUGCCCUUUUCAAUGCUUUUUGCUGCCAUUUCCACAAAAGUGCCUCGUUCAGACAUGGACUUGGUCCUUAGAUACUAUGAAGAAUUCAAGAGGAGAAAGAUAAGCAGGGCUGACUUAGUGAUUCGGCUGAGGCAAAUUGUUGGUGAUAAGCUAUUGGUUUCUACAGUAAUGAAGCUUCAGCAGAAGUUGCCACCGAUGGCAGCAGCUGGACUACCAAGAGCGCUUGGAAGGGGAGGUAGUCUCCAGAAAUAACAGUCUGUCGACAUAGCAAUGCAUGGAGUCAAAAGGAUAAAGGAAGCUAAGGAGGUCCGUUACAUGGUCUUGUUGUAGUUCUCAAACUCAAAAUUUAGGUUUUGACAAAACUCGGGAUAGUAUUUCGGUUGGUCGAUUGGUCUGUGAAAUCCAGCAAUUUGCCUUCUGUGUAGCCCGUUGUUAACCUUCCUCAGUGAGUUCACCCGGCCUGUAGGUUGUACUCUUAUAUUUUACCUUAAAAAGUUUACUCCGUGUUUCCAGCAUGAAUUUUGCUGCUCA